CCUUACGAGCAGCGGAGGCGGAGGCGGCGGAGCCCGGUGCAGCGAUCCGCGGAGCGCCGGUUCCUGGCCCGGUCCGGCCCGGUCCGGCCCGGCCAUGGGCUCCGCUCACUCCGUGCCCGCCGAGAUGCGGGCGCUGGCGGACAGGACCGGCUUCACCUCUGAACAGAUUGAGCACCUGCACCGGCGAUUCAAGCAGCUGAGCAGGGACCAGCUGACCAUCCGCAAGGAGAACUUUGACAGCAUCCCCGACCUGGAGUUCAACCCAAUCAGGGGAAAAAUCGUCCAUGCCUUUUUUGACAAGAGGAACCUGCGGCAGGAGUCGGAUGGGCUGGCAGAUGAGAUAAACUUUGAAGACUUCCUGACCAUCAUGUCCUACUUCAGACCCAUCGAGAUGGACAUGGAUGAGGAGCAGUUGGAUCGCUUUCGGAAAAAGAAACUGAAAUUCCUCUUCCACAUGUAUGACUCGGAUCACGAUGGGAAGAUCACACUGCAGGAGUACAGAAAUGUGGUGGAGGAGCUGCUGUCAGGGAACCCCCACCUGGAGAAGGAGUCAGCGAGGUCCAUCGCCGAUGGGGCCAUGAUGGAGGCAGCCAGCAUCUGUGUGGGACAAAUGGGGCCAGACCAGGUGUAUGAGGGCAUCACCUUCGAAGACUUCCUGAAGAUGUGGCAGGGGAUUGACAUUGAAACCAAGAUGCACGUCCGCUUCCUCAACAUGGAGACCAUCGCCCACUGCUACUGACCUCCCAGCACCCUGGGAGCCAGAGGAGGAGGAGGAGGAAGGAGAUAGAGGAGGAGGAGGAAGACUCUGCAGCAGCUCCAUGUUCCUGGCACCAAGAGCUUUGUGCCCACCCGUGUGCCUGUCCCCAUGGUGGGGCUGCCUUCUGCUCUCUGGAAACAGAAGAGGCUUUUAUCCAUAAUAAAAGGGAUUUCUCUUUU